UCAUUUUCGAAUGCGCGAGUGUGGUUUUGUGCAUGUUUUAAAAUAGAAAUUACGCUGUAAUAAUUAAAAAAUACGCGUGAUAUAGACCAAAAUAACGUUAUUUCGUCACAAAAAUUCAGUAAUAAAAAGUGUGAUGUCGUAGAAGAAUGAAUUUAAUUUAUAUUGCUUUCAAAUAACAAAACAUAAUUUUCAACGUUCGUCAUGGCUCGCUUCCUGUCGGAAGAUAAAUUAAAAGGUUUCGAAAAAUACAAAUAUAACUCUGUGGAUACUAGUGUCCUCAGUAACUAUGUUAUGCACCCAUUUUGGAACUGGUGUGUCCAGUUCUGUCCAGUAUGGGUGGCUCCGAAUUUGCUGACAUUCACUGGUUUUCUACUGACAGUGCUGAACUUCUUUGUUUUCUCAUACUAUGACUAUGGUUUCUAUGCUAUGACAGCUGAGAAUGUCACCAAAGAUCACAUACCUUCGUGGGUAUGGGGAGUUUCCGCUGUCAACCUCUUUGUGGCUUAUACUCUGGAUGGUAUCGACGGCAAACAGGCUCGGCGCACCGGUACCAGUGGCCCAUUAGGAGAGCUGUUCGACCAUGGACUGGACUCGUACUCCGCUGUCCUUAUCCCUACCUUCCUCUACAGCAUAUUUGGCAGGGAUGAAGUGAGCACGCUACGGUUCCUGUUUCUGAUAUGGAACAUAUUCUUCAAUUUCUAUCUGACACACUGGGAGAAGUACAACACUGGAGUCAUGUUCCUGCCCUGGGGAUACGACUUCACAAUGAUUGGUUCUUGUAUCCUUCUGCUGGUGACGUCAGUGUUCGGUCCUGAAGCGUGGCACAUUCCCCUGCCAGGCAACAUCACGCCCGGCGUCAUCUUCGAGUUCGUGCUGUACUUCUCCGCCAUGCUCACCAGCCAGACUGUCAUAUUAUGGAAUAUUUACAAAUCGUAUCGUGACAAAACAGGCAAGAUGCGUUCAUUCAGUGAGGCAGUGCGACCUCUGGUGCCCCUGUUCAUAUUCUUCGCAUUAAGUUCGGUCUGGGCCAUCUAUUCGCCGACUGACAUUAUCAACAGAGCUCCUAGAAUCUUCUACAUACUAACAGGAACCAUAUUCUCUAACAUUAAUUGUCGGCUAAUAGUGUCACAAAUGAGCGAUACUCGGUGCGAGGCGUUCAACGGUUUGCUGAUUCCGUACGCGCUGGUGAUGUGCACGGUGUUCUUUUUCCCCGUGUCUGCUAUCACUGAGCUCUUGCUACUGGCCGGUCUAUGUGUCGCCAGCUCCAUUGCUCAUAUCUAUUAUGGCACUAAAGUGGUACAAGAAAUGUGUGAUCAUUUCAAAAUUGAAUGUUUCCAUAUCAAGCCAAAGAUAAAGUAGGUAAUAUAUUUUUAAAUAAUUUUUUGAAUGUCUGGAAUUAUUAUAGGAGAAAAUAUAAAAUUUUGUAUGUAAGUACCCAAUACUCUUGUAUGUGGUAGUUAGUAUUGAGAUAAUGAAAUAAAGGUAUGCGAUCAUACAUUAUUGUGCAUUUAUAAUGUUCCAAUGUUAUUUAGGUAUGUAAGCCAAUUAUUGCCAGUUAAAAUGUUUAUUUAUUUAAGUUUCAUAAUUUAUUUUAUUCCUUAUAUAUAAGCAAAAUCGUAUUGGACAUUAUAAGAAUCGCCCAAAUAUUUACGUUUAUUUUCUUAUCGCAUUGUUAUGCAAUGAACGUGUACCUUUAUAAUUAUAAUUGUUACGUAGCAUCGCAGCUCUUUACCAUAGCGCGACAAUCUAGGCCCUAAAUAAGUGUAAACUUUUGAUUUUUAAAAUCAGAUUUAUGUCAUUAGAUGCAAGCUUUUACCAUACUGUUAAUAUUAAUUUAUCCGAUACUAUUUUCUGAGUGAUAUUUCAAAUAUAUUAUUAUUAGUUCUAUAUACUGAGGACCAAUACAAAAACAACUGAUUUUAACGAAGUGAUCGUUAUCAAUUGUAUUGUCUUUCUCUCAUUUUUUAAGUCUGUAAAUAUAACUUUAGUCCAGGGUAAACAUUCAUAUUGUGUUACUGAUUGUAAUUACAUUGAACGGGCAUUUAUUGAAUUGUAAGAACUUUUGUCCUCAUAGCAAGUAAGGCUAAAAUUGAAACGUUACUAGUAACGCUAGUCAUGUUUAUUAGAUAAUAAAUGAAUUGUUACUCAUGCCAUAUAAUAUGUCACACAAUAGAUGUGUAAUGUCAUGCCAAAUGUUUCCAUUUAGGUUUAAAUUUAGUCAAUUUUAUCAAAUUAUAUACUUUCUAAGUAGUAGGUGUCUAUUGUACAUGUAUUUUUAUAUUGUUAGAUACACUUGAAGAUGAUCUGAAAUCCAAAUCUCAGGUUGAUAUACGCGUUCCUCCUUUAUAUAAAUGUUUUAGUUUUAUUUGUGGGUCAAGGUAUGAGUAUAUUCCAAUUUGUUGUGAUGGAUUAGCAUGUUUAGUUUUUUUCUCGCUAGUUGAUACUAGAUAAUUUUUGUAAGUGUCUAUCUUUCAGUACGAGUUAGUACCAUGAUUUUUGCCGAAUUUUAGGGCAAAAACAGUUCACUUGUCUGAGGUGUAGAAUGAUGAUAAUACUAUCGAUAGACAAGCCUCGCUGCCUCAGUGAUUUCGGCAGAAAUUGAAGUUAUCAAAUUUAAUAUUGCUGGUUCACCAGGAUUUCAUUAUAAGCACCUCAGAAAUAUUGACUAGGUAUACAGAAGACAAGACCUGUAUUUUGUAGUCUAAUGUCUGAUAAAUAUUCAAACAAUGCACAGGAGUAAUUUUAAUGCAUUGUUUUUUUUGUCAUAGAAUUUAACUACAUAUUUUUAUAACUUGCAAUAAGUAGUUUUUUUUUGUAAUAAUGAAAUACAGAAUAUGUUUGUUUUUGCUCUUAAGUAUCAAUGGUAUUUUGUGAGGGUUGCUCAAUAUUGUACCUGUUUAUUUUAAGUUUUAUGAUGAACACCUGAAGGUUUUAAACCAAAAGGUAGGAACUGUAAAGCGACUCUGCCUCAUCUACAUUUCAAGUCUUGUAUUGUCAAUAAAGGACUUUUAAUAUGAAAA